UUUCUCUUUUCAACUGUUGGUGCAGCAAAGCUAACGGUAGCAAGCCAGCCCAUAUAUUGGAAACAGUUUACUUAAAUUAAAGCAUCAUACUAAACUAUCAAAUCCUCACGUAUUGCCAUAAAACUAGAAAGGAGUAUUACAAUAAGUUAUCAUUCUGGUACACCGAGUGAGUGGGUUUUGCUUGGUGUUAGUUUGAUUUGCUGACCGGCCCAGCUGAGACGGGAAAUGGUUCGGGUUCUGGCCAAUCAUGGCGCUUCUAUGUAGAACUCCGCCUCUCGCGUUCACUGAAGACCCGUUUAUUGAACGUACUUCCUGAAUCCUGCCAGACAAAAGGGGGCACUUAAGGUCGUUCAUGUCUCGUCAAAUAGUAAACAAUCAUCCACUGCAUAUGUUUAACGUGUGCGCCUAAGAAAUAGCUUCUUGUGCAUUUUCUAACGUGCAGUCUGCGUCUGUCGUCUUCACAUUGCAACAGCGUGACAAGAGUUGCUGCUUUUAUCUCCAGCAGCUCCCGAUCCACCUUAACACACGAUGUCAGCUUUCGUACAUUUUUUUUUCAUUGACGUCAACCAUAUACAGCACGAAACAGAAGCUUUCUUCAUAUUUCCAAUGCUUGAGCCGAAAUAUGUACAGAUAGUCAGCCACUCGGGCCGGUUUUAAACCAAUCUGACCGCGACCGUGCCUGAUUUAUCUCCCAUCCCUCUGAGGAAGACACUGCGUCCAAGGAUAACCGCAACACAACCACUGGGCAGAUGAGAGUACUAACUCAGGCUCCAUCCUCCUCUACUCCCACCCUGCAUACCGAGGCUGCAACUGGGUUGCCCAGAGUGCGGCCCAGGCAAGAGCCAGCGACCGCCACAUCAGGCACCAUGAUGGAGGGCGGGAUGCAGCUGCUGAACCGUGAUGGCCACAGCAUCUCGCACAACUCGAAACGCCACUACCACGACUCCUUCGUGUCCAUGAACAGGAUGCGACAACGGGGCCUGCUCUGUGACAUUGUGCUGCAUGUCUCCAACAAAGAAAUCAAGGCGCACAAAGUGGUGCUGGCAUCCUGCAGCCCCUACUUCCACGCAAUGUUUACUAAAACUGUAACGGCUCUCGUUCUGCGCCGUUACGCAGAUGAGAUGUCGGAGAGUCGGCAGACCCAUGUGACCCUUCAUGACAUUGACUGUCAGGCUUUGGAGCAGCUGGUCCAGUAUGCCUACACAGCAGAGAUUGUAGUCGGAGAAGGCAACGUGCAGACGUUGCUCCCGGCAGCGAGCCUGCUGCAGCUCAACGGGGUGCGGGACGCCUGCUGUAAGUUCCUCCUCAGCCAGCUGGACCCCUCCAACUGCUUGGGCAUCCGAGGAUUCGCUGACACGCACUCCUGCAGCGACCUGCUCAAAUCAGCACACAAGUAUGUCCUGCAGCACUUUGUGGAGGUGUCCAAGACCGAGGAGUUCAUGCUGCUGCCACUUAAACAGGUCUUGGAUUUAAUCUCCAGCGACAAUCUCAACGUGCCAUCUGAAGAGGAAGUGUACCGGGCUGUGUUGAGCUGGGUGAAACAUGAUGUAGAUGGACGUAGGCAACAUGUACCCUGGCUAAUGAAGUGCGUGCGGCUGCCGCUGCUGAGGCGAGACUUUCUGAUGAGCAACGUGGACACAGAGCUGCUGGUCCGACACCACUCUGAGUGCAAGGACCUUCUGAUCGAGGCUCUUAAGUACCACCUGAUGCCUGAGCAGAGGGGCGUCCUCAGCAACAGCCGGACGCGCCUGCGACGCUGUGAGGGUGCAAGCCCUGUGCUCUUCGCCGUUGGUCAGUGUGCCCCCGAAGGUGGCGGCAGCUUGUUUGCCAUCCAUGGAGACUGCGAAGCGUAUGACACCAGGACGGAUCGCUGGCACAUGGUGGCUUCCAUGUCCACCCGGCGGGCCCGGGUGGGCGUGGCAGCCAUUGGGAACAGACUUUAUGCCGUCGGAGGGUAUGACGGCACCUCAGACCUGGCAACUGUGGAGUCCUACGACCCCAUCACUAACUCCUGGCAACCAGAGGUUUCUAUGGGCACACGGAGGAGCUGUUUGGGUGUAGCUGUCCUUCAUGGCCUGCUCUAUGCUGCUGGUGGUUAUGAUGGAGCCUCUUGCCUCAAUAGUGCAGAGCGAUAUGACCCGCUGACUAGUACAUGGACCUCGAUUGCUGCCAUGAGCACCCGAAGGAGAUAUGUCCGAGUAGCAACUCUGGAUGGCAGCUUGUAUGCAGUGGGAGGUUAUGACAGCUCUUCACAUCUUGCAACAGUGGAGAAAUAUGAGCCACAGAGCAACACAUGGACAGCUAUCGCCAACAUGCUGAGUCGGCGCAGCAGCGCCGGGGUGGCCGUGCUGGACGGCAUGCUGUAUGUCGCCGGGGGCAACGACGGCACUAGUUGCCUGAACUCUGUGGAGCGGUUCAACCCCAAGGCCAACACCUGGGAGGGAGUGGCCCCCAUGAACAUACGCAGGAGCACCCAUGACCUGGUGGCUAUGGAUGGCUGGUUAUACGCAGUGGGAGGUAACGAUGGCAGCUCGAGUCUUAACUCCAUCGAGAAGUACAACCCACGCAGCAACAAAUGGGUCGCUGCCUCCUGCAUGUUCACGCGUCGCAGCAGUGUGGGCGUAGCCGUGUUGGAGCUGCUGAACUUCCCACCACCCUCCUCACCCACCCUCUCGGUUUCCUCCACCAGCCUUUGACACGGGGUCACCACAUGGCUGACCUCAGCCUCUGCUGCUACAGCCCAGACCGGCUCUGGGAAGAAACGCAACUGCUCGGUUUGAGACUGUGAGGAGGAGGAAGAGGAGGGGGGAGUACAGGUAAAUGGAUGGAGGGGGAGAGGAGGAGGAGGAGGAAGAAGGAAGGUGAGCACAAGGCACCUGGCUUUAGAAAUAUACAGUAGUACCCUCAGUUAGUGGCAAUCCUGGUUAACUUUGGACAACUAUGGUUAAAAAAACAAAUUAAAACAUAAAAAAUGUGAACGUGCAGUACCCUGUAAUCCCCCCAAAACAUAUUCCAUAGGUAACUAACUGUCAAUGAUCAUGAACAGUUAUGGGACAGCUUAUGAUUCCCAAUCAAACAACCAUAGAUAUAGCAUUUCCUCUUCUUUUGAUGGGCAUACAAUCCGGCUGCUCCAUACCAUGUUUGCCAUUAAUUCUGAACUUCACAGUUUCUUGUUUGGAAGCCUGAAACUCGGCUGUACUACUUCACCCCACCAUGCCAGCUGUCAGUUCCUCAAGAGUAUAAAGAUGUGCCUGGAUGUGUUAACAUGUCAAGCUCCCGCUCUUUUCUCUCACAUCACUGUUUGACACACUUCUGGACUUCUGUCAUGUGUGAUGUAAAAGUUUUUGGUUUGAUAUUGUUGUUCUCUGCGAUAUUUAUAUUUUUUAAAAAGAAUAAGAGAGAAAAGGAAUAAUAUUUCUUUUGGUAUGUAGCUUGUGACCCAGUAUAACAUGCAUGUUUACGGAUUGACAUUGACUCCCAAUGGAAGGAUAAAAUGUUGUAGUGCUGCCGUGCCACACUAGGUGGCAGUAACAGGCAAUGUGAUACACGCUUCCCACACUGCAGGACAGCAUGGAUACAAACACAAGAAGUCUGACCCUCAGAACUCUAUAUCAGUUGGAUCCUUUAUAAAAUAGAGAAGAAUUGUGUUAUAGUGGAACUAUAUGUAUUUAUAAAAAUAUAAAAUAUAACAUAUUCUGUUUUAAAGGUAAAAAAACAGAUCAGACCCAUUAUUUAAGAGUGUUUUUAAUAUAUUUAUUUAGAUGUGCGAUUGGCAUAUCGUCAAUUAAAUGACAGAGAAUGUUUAAGGAAAAGAGAGGUUGUUGUUCAGUUUGUGUACUUUUUGAAGUUUGCGACUGUUAUUUUUGCAAUUUGAUGUGCAACAUCUGAUUUACAUUUCUUAAUGUUUGUUCCCAGCUACAAGCAUGAUUUCACAUGAAAUUGUAUUGUGUGGCUGCUAGAUUUGUGGAAAAGGCUUUAGUUGGAUUAAUGAAAAGGAUUUUUUUUUCAACCCUACUUCACGUGGACAUAGUAAUGGAUAUCAUUCUUGGACACAUGACAGGUUUAAAAUUUAAAUGAGCGCAGCAAGUACUAGUUAACCUAUCGUAUACCGACACCUGAUUCAAAAAAGUAAUGCUGUUGAUACUUGGUCACAUCUUCCAUACAUAAUCAAGUGUGGCGUCUUGUUGAAUUACCUCAUUGUUGAACUGGAUCAAACUCUAUCGAAAAACAAAGUUGAACUAGAAACAACUUCAAGAUUAUCUGCAGAUAUGCUGGCUACAUUAAGUGUGGUGGAUGACUUGAGAACAUAACCACUAAAUUUCCUUUGUAUAAAAUCAAUGGAUUACCUUGAGCCUUCUCGAGUCAAUUAAAAGCCAAGUUCCGAUUUUAUGUAGCACAGUGAUAUGAAUCCAAACUUCUGAGAAGUUUCCCUUUCUUUUCCUUUUUUGAAGGAUUUCCUUGAUUGAGUUCUGUUUAUCUCUAACUACCGUACUCUUUAUUUGUCAUAGAGGACCCAGUAGUAUAGUGAGUGUGAUAGUGCUAUUAUUCUGUGAAGAGCCAUGAGCCACAGCCAGACUUUAAGGCAGACUUUGUUCCGCUGAACUGUAAAUACACAACUGGUUAUUCAGAUCCAUUUGUGCAAUUCUGAUGUGACUAAGUAUGGUUUUUUUUUGUUUAUUUUCAAUGUUGAUGAUAUUUAUUUAUUUAUUUAUUAUGUUUGUUAUUUAUGAGGAAAUUUAAAAUAUUUGCACUGUUGCAAAAUGGAGCAAUACACUGUAAAAAUAAAUCAAAUUAAGAUGUU